AUGGGAUACAAAAUUCUGUGCUUUGGAAUCUUUUGUGUCGUCUUUGCUUAUUAUAUUUAUACACCCAUACCAGAAAACAUUGAAGAACGCUGGAGAGUGAGAAUGAUAGACGCUGUUGUGAAAACGACUUCACUUGUGGCCACAUUAUUUGAAGAAAUGGGUCUCAUGAAGUAUGAAGACACAUUUUUAACUUUAUCAUCAGUUCACCUUUCAAAACCAGUUUCAGAUGAAAACGUAACAGUGAUUGACACAAACUUUAGUGACAUUCCUGUUCGUCUGUACUUGCCAAAAAAGAAGUCUGAAAUACUGAGACCAGCUAUCAUUUACUUGCAUGGUGGUGCAUUUGUCUUGGGAAGUUGCAAGAUGCAGCCCUAUGAUGAUCUGAACCGAUGGACAGCAAACAAACUUGAUGCUGUUGUUGUGGGAAUAGACUACAGGCUUGCUCCUCAGUAUCCAUUCCCAGCUGCCCUUGAAGACUCUGUUCUUGUGGUCAAGUUCAUUCUCCAGGACAAAAUCCUUGACAAGUAUGGAGUAGAUCCUGCUUGCAUUUGUAUUUCUGGAGACAGUUCUGGGGCUACGUUGGCGGCAGCAGCAACUCAAUUG